AUGAACGAUCUGAUUAUCAGCGGCCUGAAGACCAAACACCGGAGCUGUGCCAGGGCGGCAGCGGCCUCAGAGGACACCGCUGCCGGGAGAGGGGGAGCCGACGCUCCGGAGGUGGACCGUGAGUCGCUGGAGCAACAGGUGCUUUGCUUUUUGGACAGCAAGGGCAUAUCUGUUGACAGCGGAGAUAUUGAGGCCUGUCAUGCCCUGCGGAGCAAGAACACAACAGCCAAACCAGCACUCCCUAAAAAGGUGGCCAGGUCAGAGGACACUGUAGAGGAGGCAGUAGAGGAGACUGUGGAGGAGGUAGAGGAGGCAGUGGAGGAGACUGGGGAGAACCCAUUGGAAACAGAGAAAAGGAGAGGAUUAUGUGGAGCAGCCACAUAUAGGUGUUCCUUUAAGAAGGAGUGGUCAACUCGAUGGCCAUUCAUCACAAUGGGAACCACCAGCUCCUUCUACUGGUGCUCAGUGUGCAGACAAGAGAGCUCCUGUGCUCAUCAAGGCGGGAGGGACAUAAGCAGGCAUGUGGAAGGCAAGGGACAUCGGGCCAAAGAACAGUCUCUAAACUCAGUCAGCAGUAUUGCACAGUUCUACGUGCCAGAAACUUCUGUUGGAGGCAUGAGUGUACAAGAGGCCAAGACCAGGAGGGCUGAGGUGAAGGUUGCUGUUGCAAUGGUGCAGCACAAUGUUCCCUUUGCCGUUGCUGACCAUUUCAGCCCCUUGUACAAAGAAUGUUUUAGAGACUCCCCUACAGCUCAGGGCUUUAAGAGCGCAAGCACAAAAACAACGUGCCUCAAGCAGUGGCACCUCAUUUUAAGAAGGAACUGGUGA